GUGUGAUCACAACCCCACGGGUCACACACUUUCUUUUCUAUGGAGCGAGCCCAGUUUGGGAGGUUUGUUUAACCCAAGCUGCCGGGCCCUGCCUCCCCUCCCAGAUCCGCCAUUCCCCGCCACUGAAAUGUAGGUGCAUUUUCCCCUUGACACGUUAGUCAUUAUUUGGUACCUCACCAUAGAGGUGGAUAGAUUAACCCAGGAGAACCUCCACAUUUUAUUUAUUUACCGGUAUCUUUUUUUUUUCAUUUAAAAUUUGUCUCGUUAUCGAUCUUCUCCACUAGCUGCUGAGCUGAGACGUGGACCAGCAAUCGAGCUAGCACUGGCGAUCAACACCGCGCCGCCCGCGCCCCGUUGGCCCUUCCACAUCAGACAGACCGACAUACUCGGUGAUCGCCGAUCUCCGAACAGCGGAGCUGAGGAACUGAAACGAGAGAGAAAUGAGAAAUUGGCUCAAUUGAGAUGAGGUUUUUACUCAUUAAAAAUUGACCAAAGAAGGCAAACACGACUUUUCCAGUUGAUGAAUCAGUUCUUUCAUUCAAGCAAAGAUUGUGUGAGGAAAUACUGACAAUGGCUCUGAGUCCUACCCUGAGGUCUCGUUUCCAAGGGUGUUUAGUAGCUGCUGUGUCAGGUGAUUGCCUUGGUGCUCCAUAUGAAAUACAUGGUGUUCCCCAGCUUGACACUUUCGGGUCCCUGACAGCAUUCUUUCAACGGAUCGGAACAGAUAUCAAAGAAAAAGAUUACUUACGAUACACAGAUGAUACGGCAAUGUGUCGCUGUAUAGCUGAAUCACUUGUUGAUAAUAGGGGCAAUUUCAACAGCAAGGAUCUAGCUAAGAAGUUUGGGACAGAGUAUACUAAGGAGCCUCAAAGAGGUUAUGGAGGCAAUGUCAUCUCAGUCUUAAAGGCAUUCAAUAAAGAAUUAGAUGAUCCCUUUGAACCAGCAAGGAUGCAGUUCAAUGGAUCAGGUUCCUAUGGCAACGGUGGAGCCAUGAGGGUGGCCCCUGUCGCACUCUGCCCUGAAGCCAACUUUGAAGAAAUGAUUGAGGUUGCUAAGCAGACUGCUCUAUUGACUCAUAGCAACUACCUUGGUUAUUCUGGAGCCAUCCUUCAGUGCUGUGCAAUCCACCUAGCUUUGCACUCUGACCCCAUGACCUUUGACACGGAUGCUUUCAUUGACAGACUCCUAGAGGUGAUGGAGAAACAAGAUGCCCCAGGUUCACCGGCUGCUAAGGUGUCACGGACAAGUGAUAACUCUACAACCACAGAAAGCCAGGGCACAGAGUACUGUAGGAGAUUAAGGUUAUUGAAGCCCCUCUUAGAGGAAGAUGCUAAUAUCAAGAAAGUAGCAGCUGAAUUAGGAAAUGAAAUAUCAGCUCACAAGAGUGUACCAGCAGCCAUUUAUUCCUUCCUCCGCUGCCGGACACCGGUAGAAGGCAUCGAUAACACCAACGCUCUUGAACGCACCAUCCUCUAUGCCAUAUCUUUGGAUGGUGAUACCGAUACGAUUGCUUCAAUGGCAGGGGCCAUAGCUGGGGCAUUCUAUGGCAUUGAACAAAUCUCUUCCGACUGGAUGAAUGUGUGUGAGGGAACGGAUGUAGCCAUUCUUCAGGCUGAUGCUAUCUAUGAUAUACACUUUGGAAAGAAUGAGAAAACCUAGUUUCUUUAGGAUGGUUGGAAUGUGGUUUUCAUUGAACUGAAAUAGAACUGAAUAAAACUUGUUUUGCUAUAGUCCAGGAUAGGCCCCAUAGAAACUUGACCAAACCUUUUUUUUUAUAUAUACAAUAUUUUUUGAUGGUUUCUU